CUGCAGCAAGCAGCACACACUUCCGUGUUGUCUGUCACCGUAAAGCAGGAAGCACUGUAGUAAUGUGUAGGAGGUUAUCUGGCCAGCUUGCUGUUUAACGUUACCUACAGGUGAAGUGAGAGAGCCGGAGAAGCUACAUGGAGGCUAACUAACGCAGGACCAAUCGGUGCUCGGCAAAACAGAGGAACUGCGGUACAUUAGCACCAGGAUGCCAGCCGGAGUGUGUGGCUGCUGCGGGCCGCUCAGGCCGAGGUACAAACGCCUGGUGGACAAUAUCUUCCCUGAGGACCCCAAAGAUGGCCUCAGUAAAUCGGACAUGGAGAAGCUGACCUUCUACGCCGUGUCGGCGCCAGAGAAACUGGACAGGAUCGGAGCUUACCUGGCCGAGAGGCUGAGCCGAGACGUGGUGCGACACCGCUACGGGAAUGUGGUGAUAGCCAUGGAGGCUCUGGACCAGCUGCUGAUGGCCUGUCACUCCCAGAGCAUCAAACCCUUCGUGGAGAGUUUCCUGCAAAUGGUGGCCAAGCUGCUGGAGUCCAGAGAGCCGGACCUGCAGGUCCUGGGGACCAACUCGUUUGUGAAGUUUGCCAACAUUGAGGAGGACACGCCAUCUUACCAUCGCCGCUACGACUUCUUCGUGUCCCAGUUCAGCGCCAUGUGCCACUCUACUCAUGAAGAUACUGAGACCAGGACCAGGAUCCGUGUGGCUGGGAUCAAGGGUCUGCAGGGCGUGGUGAGGAAGACGGUGAAUGAUGAGCUGCAGGCCAUCAUCUGGGAGCCUCAGCACAUGGACAAACUGAUCCCGUCCAUGCUGUUCAACAUGCAGGACAGCGAAGACCUGGACAGGGCGGGGCACCCCAGCACGCCUUCAGGGUCAGUGAGUCAGGACGGCGAGGAAAACCCGGCGGCGUUGGCGGAGAGCUGCUUCCGGGAGCUGCUGGGCCGGGCCGCCUACGGCAACAUGAACAACGCCGUCCGGCCCGUGCUGGUUCACCUGGACAACCACCACCUGUGGGACCCCAAUGAGUUUGCCGUUUCCUGCUUCAGAAUCAUCAUGUACUCCAUCCAGGCUCAGCACUCCCACCACGUCAUCCAACAGGUUCUGAAUCACCUGGACACCCACAACAAGAACACGCCGCGGGCCCGCGCCGGCAUCGUCCAGGUCCUCCUGGAGACGGUGGCCAUCGCCGCCAAAGGCUCAGUGGGAAUGAUUCCCGAGACCAAAAGAAGUGAUGGGUUCACCUUUGAAAGUGAAAACACGACUCCUCCCCGUCUGUGGCUCGGGCCCACAGUGCUGGAGGUGUUCAACACUCUGCUCAAACACCUGAGGAUGAGCGUGGACUUUGAGCUGGGCGAGAGCUCGAGGAGAAACUCCAGCACCAGCGUCUCGUCCGGCCGCGGCAAAGAGAGCGAAGAGAGAAUCGUCCAGAACGCCAUCAUCCAGACCAUUGGCUUUUUCGGUGGAAACCUGCCAGACUACCAGCGAGCUGAAGUCAUGAUGUUCAUCAUGGGCAAAGUGCCGGUGUACGGGACACCCUGCCACACCUUGGACACCGUCAAGAUCGGGCAUCAGGGUACCAAGCGGAUCCAGACCAUGCUGCUCAGCUCCCUCAUCAUGGUAACCUCUGGCUUUAAGUCCAAGUCCAUGGCCGCUGCGUUGCCGUCCCCGUUCCUGGAUCCGCUCUUCUCCAUCUCUCUGAUGGAGGACAGCGAGCUGAGGCAGCUGGUGUUCGAAAUCCUGCACAACAUCAUCGACCGCCAUGACAACCGCGCCAAGUUACGCGGCAUCAGAAUCAUCCCUAAUGUUGCAGCAUUGAAGAUUAAAAGAGAGAAGAUUUCCAAGCAAGACGUUGCAUUCAUGAAGAAGCAUGGCCAGCAGCUCUACCGCCACAUCUACCUGGGCUGUAAAGAGGAGGAUAACGUCCAUAAAAACUUUGAGCUGCUCUUCACCACGCUGGCCAUUCUGACCAUCGAGCUGGCCAACGAGGAAGUGGUCAUCGACCUCAUCCGGCUCUCCAUCGCUCUGCAGGACAUGGCUCUGGCUAACGAGGAGAGCAUGCCGAUGUUCAUCCGCUGUGGCAUCAUGGCGUUGGUGGCGGCGUACCUCAACUUCCUGAGCCAGAUGAUCGCAAACCCUCCCUUCUGCCAGCACGUCAGCAAGGUUAUUGAGCUGAGGAGCAUGGAUGCUCAGCACCUCCUCCCAGAACACAUCUUCAGAGACAAGUGUCCAAUCCCUGAAUCUCUGGACAAGGAGGACCGACUGCUGUACUUCCAGACAGCCGACAUGGCCGAGUGUCUGGCAGGACCGGGAUACAACGCAGAGAGACUCUCCAUUCCCUACAUCCCGCAGGUCACAGAUGAAGAUCGUCUGACCAGGAGGAAGAGUUUCGUAGACACAAUCUCCCUUCAAGUGGACAUCGUGUCCAACAGCCUUCCAGACAAGUCCCAGCUGGCGGAGGAGAUCACGUUCGAGACCCUGAAGAAAGCCAUCGAUACCACGGGUCUGGAGGAGCAGGAGAGGGAGAAGAGGCGUCAGGUGAUGGAGAAGUUCCAGAAAGCUCCGUUUGAGGAGAUAGCUGCCCACUGCGAGUCCAAGGCCAACAUGUUGCACGACCGGCUGGCGCAAAUCUUUGAACUUACAAUAAGGCCUCCACCCAGCCCGUCCGGAGUGGUUUCCAUCUCAUCGGGACACACUCAGCACCAGUCGGUCCCCGUCUACGAGAUGAAGUUUCCAGACCUGUGUGUCUACUGAUAACUCUGCAGCAAUAACAUCUCUCACACACACGCACACACGCACACCUUCACAAAAGAAAUGACGAGAGAAUUAACUACACAAUUUACACAAGUUUCCUCUACUCAGACCAGCACAAGGGUGUCACGCAAAAUGCAGCAAAACAGCCAUUUUCAAUUUGAUAUAAAGCCGAGUUUGCCUAUGCAAAAAAAAAGCUAAACUUCCUUAAUCUCGUCUCUUCUAUCUUUAAAUCCAACUCAGUUUGAUAUUUCGUUUGCGAGCCUAAAAUGUCAAAACGUUACUUCUGAAUCCUCUAAAAACCUCUCGUUCUGCUCUUUAUUAAAUACUUGGAUCCAUUAUUACGCCUAAAGCAGACCGGCGUUAAACCCUCCAGCUCUACAUAAACUGAUUUGCUGCAUUUUGUUGCCUGACUCUCAUCCCUGAAACUAAACGAAAACCUAUGAGUCAAGAACAAAAGAAAAGAACAGCUUCCGCUCUUGAGAUUUCAGUGUCUAGACGCUUAAUCGGAUGUUGCUUCACACCUUGUACAGUACAUACACCGUAGUCUACAAUUACACUCUCCUACGAACGGCUGAAACCAGUUUCAAUCUUAAAACUUGAGUCUGGUUUUAGGUGUGACGCUCUUAUAUUCAGAGCCAGCUUCUGCCUCUUCAGUAUGUGUUCUCAUGUUGAUAAGUAGGCGUCACAAAUAGGUGAAAACGUACAAUAUAUAUUCGUUGUCAUAGGAAAAUAACUUCACCGGUGGUAGAAGGUAGAUUAGUUUUAGGCUCACCACUGUUCAGGCUACUCAGUCUUUGCUAUUUAAAGGAAUACAAGCAUGAGAACUACCAGCUGAGUUGUCAGAGAUAAAAGAAAAGCAAUAAACUGCUUGGCAGAGACUCUCCAAAGAGACAAGCUAAAGGGUGUUUAGUUUUCAACGCUGCUCGGUAGAAAUGGCUCGCUCACGCUUGCCGAUUUUGGGUUGGCUUCGGAUGUGGUGCGUUCCAGAGCUCCUGAAAGUGUCAAAUAUUCAGACUUUGAUGUUGGAGAGCUUCAGCGUAACUGUGUGAAACCUUUGCGAAUCAGACCAAAGUAGCUUUUUGAAAUUCCUUUUUUCAUCAUUGAGUAACGUUAUCUCUGUCAAAAUAACCUGUCUGGUAAAUGGUUCAUCUUUGGUUUAAAUAUGUUAUACUUACAGUAAACCUGUAAGGUUGUGUUCGCACUUGGCGUCUUUUUUUAAGCUGCCAGCGUCUGUUUUACAUUAUAAUCCUAGUGUGGAGUAAACCGUGUUUUCAGUAAAGUCCUGAGAGCUUUUUUAAACGCCGCCGCCGACUUCUUUUCUGCAGCUCGGAUCAAAUUUUUAAAGUUGAAAAAAGUUCAACUUUUCUGAAAAGAAAAAAAAAAAAGCCCUACGUCAAGCGCUUUUUUGAGUAGCCAGACCUGUUGUAAAAAUGUAAUUGAUUUGAAUUGAGCCGGAGCACAGCGAGUUAUAUGAUAUGAGUGGUGCUCCCUGUGCAGGGAACUAACUUUGUUGUAUCUAACGUUAGCACCUCUCUCUCUUUCUGUUCUUUCUCUAGCUCGCUCCACCACUUUGUUUAAUCUAACGUUAGCAUUAGCACCACUCCACAUAGCGCUCUAGUAUACUGUAGCAGACGCUAAUUUUUGUUCUCUUUUGGAUCCAAAAUGCUGCCAGCUUUUUUAUUUUAUUUUACUACAAAGCGCCCUGGUCAAUUUUUACUUGUCAAAAAAGACGCCGAGAGCGAACAUAGCCUUAGGAAGUAUGAUUUGACAGAGAAAAUCUCACUCAGUUUAUUUAUCAGCGUGUUCAACAUUUUCCAUUCCUCGCUCUCUUCUAUAUUGGUUUACAGUCUCAGAAACCCAAACCUGAUAUUGUCUCAGUGUAAUGUGCAGGAUCACAAAAGGAAAACUGUAGAUAAUCUCCAUCACCAGCCUGAGUGUAAACAUAACCCUAGUUAUAUCAGCCGAUGUCUUCAUGUUGUUUUUAAACUGAUUUGGAAUAAAACCUUUAAAGACCUUUUAGGGAUAAAAUGUGACUGGAUCGUUCACACGUCUUUAGUCGUGAACAUACACAAUGAGCUCUUAAGGGAUGUAAAUAUAUUACAUUCUUAUGUCGAGACUUUUUCCGUACCUGUACUCUUAGCUCAACACAUUUCAGCACUUAUUUACUUGCGUUUAACUCUUAGUUGUCCACUUUGUUUCAAUUCAGCCCGACAUUGUGUUCAUGUUAGCCGAUGUCUUGUUAGGGGGAAGCUAGUGACGUUUCUGUCCCACUGACAUACGUUUUAGCCAACAUAGAAUUAGCCGCAGCAGUUUUUCACAAGAAUAAAAUAAAGAAAUAUAUGAUUUAAAGAAUUCCUAUUACUGUAAGUCAACUCACAAAAACCUCAGUCCAUUUCAAUCGCACUUGCUGUCGUUUUUCUGAAGCUGUUUUCCCCGGAUUGAGUUAGGCAGCUAGCUAGCUAGGUAGGAAGAUGACGUCCCCCUACAGUACGUAACCCCACAAACAAAGCUCUGAUUACAGAAAUAGCAAAACAGAAAUAAGCAUCAGUGGGCGCCACGCCCAAGCCCAGAGAUGUGGCCGGCGAUUCAGAGGUCUAAAACCAGGCUAAAUAGUGCGUUCCAUUUGUACUCCGAAGUCAGGCUCUGGUCUUGAUCUCCCCCCUAGUGGAUACACUUUGAAGUACGCACAAAGUCAGCCAAGUAUGUGAAAAAUACUGCUUGUAAAUGUAGUAUAUGCCUUGUUAAAACUGAGCACUUCCGUGUAGUAUUACCUGGGGACAUCUAGUAAAUUGUAAUAAUUCCAGAGGUUGUCUGUGAUCUUAAUCCUGUGCACCUGUAAUUUGUCAUGUCGAAAUUCCACCGCAAAUUGCAGACGGUCGCCAAACACAGAGGCUGUGUGAUAAUAUCAGUCCCUUUCAAAUCAGCUUCUCUGUGAUUCGGGGUCGUGUUGGCUGCAUUGGCAAUCAUAAAAGAAAGUUUUUACAUCACAUGUGGGGGAUUAUGUCAGUAAAUUCAAGUAAAAUACAGACUUCACUGAUUCGGUGCAAAUGUGAAACGCAGAUGUGGGGCGGUGAUUUUUUUAAAUCUCUGUCCCCUGGUAAUACCUGUGCAAAUGGGGCUUCACUUUGUGAUUUGAAUCAACAUGUAAUUGCAGCUGUGUGGCUGAAGAAGUCCUUUCUGUGGGAUUAGAUUUCAUAGGGCAGGAUGACUUUGUUCUCUACUCUCUGUGCACAGUUGAUACGUUGCCUAUUUGCGUCUCCAUUUCGAACCCCGCAGCUUUUUAGCUCCACACAGCUUUGUUGGCAGCUUCUAAAAGACAAAGACAGAAGUCGUUCCGCUCCUGUUCCAUAAUUUCAAAAUGCCUAAAUCAAAAAAAAAAUUAUCCCAGAUGUUAUCAGAGCAGGCGUCCUGCCGCGUGGAGUUUCGGAUACAAAGCAGUGACAUUUUGGGAUGAUUUAAUCAUCUGUGCUUUUUCAACACUUACCACAGGGCCGUGUUUUGUUUUGCGAGAGCGGGAUAGGAGGCAGUUUUUUUUCGGGAACGAGAUGCUUCUUAUCUGCUGGAGCUGCAGCUGUGAUCUGUUUAUAACAGAUGGUUAUCGGUGUCUCCUCUGAUCUGAGCUCAGUGGCGGAAGAAAAACCCUCUAGUUGGGAAACUUGCCGCCAUCAUUUUGUACGAGCAGCUGUGCAGAGCACAUCUUCACCGGACGCUUUAUUCCAGGUCAAAGGUCAGCGUUUCCUUUCACUCAGAGAUGAUUGACUGGUUUGGGAGUAGUCCUCUGGUUUAUUGGCAUUUCUUUAAACCAAUCACAGUCGUCUUGAGCGGUGCUAAGCACCGGACGGAGCCACGGUGCCUCUGCUAAAUAGUCUCGGGA